GCUUUACUAAGUUAAGGAUGUAUCGUGAGUUUUCAGUUAUUUCGGAGUUAUUUUUGAAGAUAUUUCUCAGCAAAUGCUUCAACUUCGAUGGCUUGAGUAUUUUGCACUGAUGUAUUUAGCCGAGGAGGGAUGUAAGGUAUGGGCCGUCUACCGCCCUCACAUCACAUGGAGUAACGGCAGACCAAGCGCGGUGAUUCGGGUUGCUGUUUAAGCAGCAGAAACAACUUUCUAGAAAUGCAUCAUCGAGAUUACCAGGCCAUUUUUUGUUGUUGCCUGUCCUAUGCCAUCGAUAACAGAAUUUCAAUAUGAUUGUGGCAUAAACUAUUGCUGGAGACCCCUGUCACAAUUGCCGCCGAAUUGGAUACGGUGGAUGAUAAUUUCCCAAACGGUCCAAUCCUAUGUGUACCGUGUUAGUUUGUUCGAUACGCUGCCUAGUGUCUUCGAAAAAAGCGCAGGAGGAAUGCUGGUCCAACAUCUACUGCCAUUUACUCUAAGUUUAUGGCCUCUUCUUGUCGGUCAUUGCCUUCUCUCGCAGGUUUUGCUCUCAUGCCAGGGUGAACUCCAGAGGUCAUGCUUGCAGUCGGCAGCAGAGGAACUAGGCCACCAUUGCCAGUUGGCAUGCCAGUGUAGAGGCAACCCUCCCUUCCCCCCUCCCCCUCCUCCACCGCCUCCCCCACGACUAAUGGUGGCCACAGUGGUGGACCCUGUGGCUCCCUUGUUGAGGCCGUGGUGGAUGGAGAUGGAGAUGGUGCUGCUGGGAACAGUGGGCUUUGCCUCGGGUGUUCUCCUCCUCUCAGCCGUGAUCAUCUGCUACAAGGCUAUUAAAAGGAAACCAUUACGGAAGGAGGAGAACGGGAUGAGUCAAGGGGAGUACGCCAUGAGCAUACGCAACACCAAGACGACCCUGGGCCCCAACAACACCGUGGUGUAAACAGCCUGCUGGAGCAGAGAGUAGGGGACAUCGCAUGAGACCGCCUGCACCCCUAAAUGGUCCUGCAAACAGUUCUCUCUCUGUCUGGCCCGACCAGGGGUCAACCCAUCACUUGUUUCCUUCUCCUGGCCUGGAGAACGUCCGCGGAGGAGGAGUCGUAAAACCGAAGAGACAAUAAAUAGAUUGAUAGAUCUAUAAGUAGAGUUGAAGGAUCUGCAAACUCCACAUGAC